CUCCGGAGAUCGGAUGAUAUUGGACUGCUAUAGUGGGCGUGUAUUUAUUGUCAGGCACGGGGGUAUUUUCAUUGGCCAAUGGCUCGGUGAAGGUGCCGACUCCCAGGUGUACAAAUGCAAAGAUUCCCCGGCUCAUGGCAUAACUGUAAUAUAGUCUGUUUGUUAGUCGCAAUGAAGGGCAUAUUGAAGCUGGGUAGUGCGCUUGCGCUUUCCUGUCUUGCAGUUGAGUCUGCGGCGAGAGCUGUUGCUUUUCAACCCGAUCAAUGGAUCACUCCGUACAAAAGAGAGGUUCUACAAGACAUUGUUACCUGGGACAAGGAUUCGAUCUUCGUUAAUGGAAAACGGACAUUUAUCUAUUCGGGAGAAGUUCACCCAUACCGUCUCCCAGUGCCGAGUUUAUACAUCGACCUCUUCCAGAAGAUCAAGGCACUCGGCUACAAUUGUGUCUCCUUCUAUGUCGACUGGGCUCUGCUCGAAGGCAAGCCUGGGCAAUAUCGUGAGGAGGGCGUUUUCGACCUACAGCCUUUUUUCGAUGCAGCACUCGAGGCUGGCAUAUACCUGAUCGCUCGUCCGGGCCCAUACAUCAACGCUGAAAGCAGCGGAGGAGGAUUUCCAGGCUGGAUUCAGCGAGUAAAUGGCACUCUGAGAACGAGGGCUCCUGAUUUUCUUGCGGCAACAGACAAUUACAUGAAGAAUGUCGGCGCCAAGAUUGCUUCAGCGCAAAUCACCAACGGCGGCCCAAUCAUUCUCGUACAACCUGAGAACGAGUACACACAAGCCACUUCAGCUAUUAAGCCUUUCCCGGAUCCUGAGUACUUUCAGUAUGUCAUGGAUCAGCUCCGAGAUGCUGGUGUUGUUGUUCCCUUGAUCUCCAACGACGCCUCGCCGAAGGGCUACAACGCACCAAUAUCAACCGCACCUGGAUAUCCAGCAGUCGUAGAUAUUUACGGCCAUGACGGGUACCCAUUAGGCUUUGACUGUGCCAAUCCGUCUGUUUGGCCUGAUAAAGCACUUCCGGCAAACUGGCACCAAGUGCACUUGCAGCAGAGCCCAAACACGCCAUACAGUAUUCUUGAGUUCCAGGCCGGCAGUUUCGAUCCUUGGGGAGGACCGGGCUUUGACAAAUGCGGUGUUCUUGUAAACGCUGAGUUCGAACGAGUUUUCUACAAAAAUCUGUACAGCUUUGGCGUCACCGUCCUGAAUCUGUACAUGACCUGGGGCGGAACCAACUGGGGAAACCUCGGACAUCCUGGAGGCUAUACGUCGUAUGAUUAUGCCGCACAGAUUCGGGAAGAUCGCCGCGUAGACCGCGAGAAGUAUUCUGAACAGAAGCUACAAGCCAACUUCUUCAAGGUCAGCCCCGCAUACUUGACAGCAGCUCGAGGUAACGCCUCCACCACAGCAUGGACGAACUCACAGGCGGUGACCGUCACCCCUGCCACUAGCAAUACCACCAGCUUCUACUUCGUCCGUCACACGAAGUACAAUACUCUCGACUCAGCGACCUACAAGCUUAAGAUAUCUAGCGCUGCUUUCGGUAACAUCACUGUCCCUCAGAUCAACGGUACUUCGCUCUCACUCAACGGACGCGACUCCAAGAUUCAUGUCAGCGAUUACGAUGUCAGUGGCUCGAAUCUAGUCUACUCUACCGCAGAGAUCUUCACCUGGCACAAAUAUGACGACAAGACUGUGCUCGUCGUGUAUGGUGGCCCUGGAGAGACUCACGAGCUGGCUCUCGCUGUGACUGGCCUUGAGAUAAUCGAGGGCGACGUCAAGAGUAUUACCACACGGGGUUACACUGUCUUGAACUUCAAUGUCGAUGGAGGCAGGAAGGUUGCAAAGGUUGGCGUCGAGGGCAACUUCGUCUAUGUUUACAUGCUCAGCCGCAAUGAAGCAUACAACUAUUGGUCCAUCGACCAAGCACCCCACGACUCUUCGGACGCAAUCAUUCUCAAGGCAGGCUACCUGACUCGCACGGCCAAGGUCAACGGCGAUACACUGGCUGUCAUUGGAGAUCUCAACGCUACAACACCCAUCGAGGUCAUUGGUGCACCUUCUUCGGUCACGAAAGUCACCUUCAACGGCGAGGAGGUCAGUGUUGAAGCGUCGAAGGCAGGGACCCUCAGCGGUACCAUCGAGCUACCAAAGGCAGAAAUCAACAUCCCCAAACUCAACGAACUCGAGUGGAAGUACAUCGAUACAUUGCCUGAACUUCAGGCCGACUAUGACGACAGCAAGUGGAAGGUCGCCGACCUGAAAAAGACUUACAACUCCCUGCGGCCUCUGACCACCCCAGUCUCACUUUACAGCUCAGACUAUGGCUUCCACACCGGUACCUUGCUCUACCGCGGCACAUUCAAGGCCUCUGGCAACGAGACCACCUUCUAUGCCUGGACUCAAGGUGGAUCUGCCUUUGGUUCGUCCAUCUGGCUUGGCGACCAGUUCCUUGGAUCGUGGCGCGGCUAUGAUGCUGCCACGAACGGCAACUCCACCGUCACUCUGCCCAACUUGACCGCCGGAAAGGAAUACACGAUCACCGUCGUCAUUGACAACCAAGGUCUCGACCAGACCUGGACUAUCGGCACGGAAACCGGCAAGAACCCCCGUGGUAUUCUGAAUUACGUACUCGCAGGCCACAGUCAGUCCGACGUCUCUUGGAAGCUCACUGGUAACCUGGGUGGUGAGGACUAUGUUGAUAUCUCGCGCGGUCCACUUAACGAGGGUGGUCUGUUUGCCGAACGCCACGGUCUUCACCAGCCUGGUGCUUUGUCCGCUGACGCCGGCUGGAAGGCCAGCAAGGGUCCCGUCACUGAUGGAAUUGCUGCUCCUGGCAUUGGUUUCUUCGCCACUGAAUUCGACUUGAACCUGCCAACGGGCUGGGAUAUUCCGUUGAGCUUUACCUUUGCAAACGGCACAAGCAGCAACACCACUAGUCCCGGCUCGAGCGCUCCGGCAUACAGGGUGCAGCUUUACGUCAACGGCUGGCAGUAUGGCAAAUAUGUCAGCAAUGUAGGACCCCAGACAAGCUUCCCUGUUCCCGAAGGCAUUAUUGACUACCACGGCACCAACUACCUUGCUGUGUCCCUGUGGGGUCUUGAUGUUGGUGCGACAAAGCUCAGUGGUCUAUCGCUCGACGUAGAUGGACAGAUAUGGGGUGGCGUGAAGGUCGGUGUUGUCGACGGGCAAAAGUACGAGGCGAGAGCGGGCGCAUAUUGAGAGUGCCUUCACGAUAGAUAGCUAGUACGAAGUAACGAACAAUACUACUACAUCC